AAAAUGAAGGAGAAGGAAAUUGUAAUUGAUGAGGUUUAUUGAUCGGUCGGUGGAUCGAUUAGCGAUGGCGGAGGAGAAGAGCAUAGAGGAAGAACUUUCGUUCCCAAUUUUACUGGCGGAGAGAAUACGCAAGGCCGUGGAUGAAGCUGAGUUAUUCAAGGUGGAGUGCGGCGAAGUGGGUAAACAGGUUGACCGUCUCUCCCAAAUGCUCCGUUCCGUUGUCCGUUUCGCCACCUCUACCCCUUCUCUCUACGAGCGCUCCCUCCGACGCAUCGUCGCCGACGUGUCCAAGAACCUGGAGCGAGCCCUAACGCUGGUCCGUAAGUGUAAGCACAGCGGUGUCCUCCGUCGGGUCGUUAAUAUCACGAGCGCUACGGAUUUCCGCAAGGCGUUGAACCACCUCGACGCCUCCGUCAGUGACAUGAAGUGGCUUCUCAGCAUCUUCGAUUCUGUUGCCUCUGGCGGUAUUGUCUACUCCCUUCCUCCCAUCGCCAGCAACGACCCAAUCCUCUCCUGGGUCUGGUCUUAUGUGGCUUUCAUCCAAAUGGGUCCUUUGCCUGAUCGUAUCGAGGCUGCUAACUCCCUUGCCUCCCUCGCCCUUGACAACGACCGUAACAAGAAGAUCAUCGUUGAGGAGAGCGGAGUCCCUCCGCUUCUCAAGCUCUUGAAGGAAAGCGGCUCUCCCGAAGCCCAAAUUGCAGCUGCUACUGCCUUGCUUAACCUCGCCACCGACCAGGAAAGGGUCCAUAUCAUAGCCGCCGAGCUUGGGAUUCCGAUGAUCGUGCAGGUCCUCAUUGAGUCCCCCAUGAGGGUUCAGAUUUGGGUCGCUAACUUGGUCUCCAAGAUGGCUGAGCACGACCCUGUUGCACAGGAGGAGUUCGCCAGGGAGAACGCCAUUAGGCCUCUGGUCUCGUUGCUGUCCAUCGAUGUGGUCCUGGAUGAGCCCAAGCCUGUUGACGUAAAACCAAGCAUUCACACUAUUGUUGAGAACCAUAUGCAGAUGGAGAAGAAGCAGUCCACCGCGACGACGCAGAAACAGAACCGUUCCUCGCACUCGCGCUCGAGUUCUUCUUCUUCCGUAUACUAUCCGGACGCCUUUGGUCGGUAUGGGCAUCACAGGAAAGACAGGGAAAAUGAGAAACCAGAGGUGAAGCUCGAACUGAAGAUUAGUUGUGCCAUGGCUCUGUGGAUGCUUUCCAGAGGGAGUGUCUCCAAUAGCCGGAUGAUUACCGAGACGAAAGGGCUACUUUGCCUUGCGAAGCUCAUCGAGAAGGAACAAGGGGAGGUGCAGCAUCACUGUCUCAUGACGGUAAUGGAGAUUACUGCGGCAGCCGAGCUCAAUGCUGACCUUAGGCGUGCUGCUUUCAAGACCAACUCUCCUCCGGCGAAGGCGGUUGUGGAACAACUUCUGAGGGUGAUUGGAGAGGUGAACAACAGUCCAUCGCUUCAAAUUGCUGCCAUAAAAUCGAUUGGGUCACUGGCUCGAACCUUCCCUGCCCGAGAAACCCGAGUAAUUGGGCCCUUAGUGGUGCAGCUCGGCAAUAAGAACGUCGAUGUGGCCGCAGCAGCCGCCAUUGCCCUGGGGAAAUUCGCUUGUCCCGAGAAUUUCCUCUGCGUGGAGCAUUCAAAGGCAAUCAUUGAGUUCGACGGGGUCCCACCUCUAAUGAAACUGCUGAGGGCCAAUGAAGUGGCUCAGUUUCAUGGACUGACUCUACUUUGUUACCUUGCCUUACAUGUGGGCAACAGCGAGGCUCUGGAGCGAGCGAGGGCAUUGACUGCUCUCGAGGGAGCUGUUCGUUUGGUAGCUGCUCAAAAUCCUUCUUUGAAAGAGUUGAUUGCUAAGGCCUUAUAUCAUCUUGAGGUCUACCAGUCUGGGAUUCAUUCUCACAGACAGACUUAUGAGCCGUAGUAUCACUCUGCUGAGCUGUUGGAUAAAACCAUGCUGAUGGGCUUGUAUUGGAUUUGUAAAAUACUUGUAGAAGUUUGAUACACUGUGAUACAACCCUCAGGUGAUGGAUACAUGGAGGGAUGCUCAUUGAGAAAAGUAAUUCCUCAGUCCAAUUGAAGUGCCUCGGUGCAGUGCAGUAAUCCAUCGCCUUAACAAAACGACUCUUUUACCAAGGGAGGGGGGGAAAAAGAUACAGUACAAAACAAGAAUCACUAUAAAUGAUUGGAGAUUGUAUUCUUCUUAUCUGCACAUAAUUUACUUCAUUUGCUUUUUUUUUUCAAUGAAACAAGAAAUCACAUUGUUCUUCAUCUA